AUGGCGGUCGAAGUUCUCGAUGAGAAGACUGUUCCCGUCGAGCACACCGAGACGGUGAAGAGUAGCACCGAUGCUGAGUUCUUGCACAUGGGCAAAGAGGCCACCGAGUUCGAACAGAACAUCUCCCUCAGAGAUGCUAUUCGGUACUACCCCUGGUCGAUACUAUGGUCCGUCAUGCUGUCGUGCUCUAUCAUUAUGGAAGGAUAUGACAUCGUACUCAUUGGGAACCUUAUGGCCCAGCCAACGUUCCAAAAGCAAUAUGGGGGUUACUAUGGGGAGAAAUUGGGGUAUCAAAUCAGUGGUCCGUGGCAGGUUGGGAUGGGAUGUGCUACGGCAAUUGGGACGAUCGUCGGAGCUUUUGCGAAUGGAUGGUUGACGCAGAGAUUCGGAUAUCGAAGGACGCUUCUCGUUUCCAUCACCGCCAUCGCCGGCUUCAUCUUCAUCACAUUCUUCUCCCAGAACCUCCCCAUGCUCAUGGCUGGUCAGGUUCUCUGUGGUCUCCCUUGGGGCGUGUUUGCAACAAUGGCACCCGCCUAUGCCUCUGAGAUCUCCCCUAUCAAACUCAGGGGUUAUCUGGCCAACUACGUCUGUCUAUGCUGGGCUCUCGGUCAGCUCAUGGCCGCAGGCGUCUUGUCUGGCUUCUCUUCCAACACCACUCAAUGGGCCUACCGUCUUCCCUUCGCCGUUCAAUGGGUCUGGCCCAUCCCUCUCAUGAUCGCCUUGUGGUUCGCACCCGAGUCACCAUACUGGCUCGCCCGCAAAGGCCGUCACGAAGAAGCCGAAAAGACACUUCGACGCCUCACCUCCAAGGACUUCCCCUUCGACCACAGCAAGCUCCUCGCCAUGGUCAUCCACACCAACCGCGUCGAAGACGAAUCCGGCAUCGGCUCUAACUACCUCGACUGCUUUAAAGGCACUAACCUCCGCCGCACCGAAAUCGUCUGCCUCGUCUUCGUCGCCCAAAACACAACCGGCGUCGCCAUCGGCGGCACGCCCACCUACUUCUUCGUCCAAGCCGGCGUCAGCGCCGACGAGUCCUUCAAAUUCGCCACCGGCGCGCUCGGCCUCGCCUCCGUCGGCGUCCUCAUAUCCUGGUGGCUCAUCUCGCGGGUCGGGCGUCGCGCACUCUACGUAUGGUCGAGUCUCGCGCUCUCCGUCCUCCUCCUCCUCAUCGGCAUCACGGCGACCGUGUCCCAGAAUUCGCAGGCGAGCUUCGCGCAGGCGGGAAUGGUGCUCGCGUGGGAAAUCAUCUUCUACUCGACCAUCGGACCCGUGUGCUACGCCAUCAUCGGCGAGAUCCCCGCCGUCAGCGUGCGGUCGAAGUCGAUUUGCCUCGCGCGCAUCGCGUACUACAUCAGUCAGAUCUUCAAUAUGGUGGUUAGUCCGUAUAUGAUCAACCCGACUGAGGGCAACUGGAAGGGCAAGGUUGGGUAUUUCUGGGCUGGAACUUCCUUCGUCACUUUCUUGUGGGCGUUCUUUAGAUUGCCGGAGACGAAGGAUAGGUCGUUCGCUGAAAUCGACUAUCUCUUCACGACGAACACGAAGACAAGGCAGUUCUCGAAGACGCAGGUUAAUACGUUUGAUAAGGUUGAGGAGCGUGUUAAGCAUGUCAAUAAGGACGUUGAACAGUAG